ACGAAUAAAGAAUCUGCGAAGGAGAGUUUUUGAUUACAUGUUGAUAAUUAACGACAAAACAAAACAAGUUUCUGCAAGAGAAACAAAACUCCAUAAACUGUAGGCCACAUCACGGGCAGGAAUAAAAAAGCGUUAAAAUGGCUAUAUCCAAGACUCAGAUAGUAUUGAUGGUAAGCGCACUGGUGCUGUUUGUCAUUCAUCUUAUUCUGAUGGGUUUCGCAGUGAAAGGAAACAGCAGCGCCUUCCCCACACCGCUUGUUAAUGUUGCUACAACAUUCCCUAUUAACAUCAACCCGGAUAAAUCCGUUUUUGCAAUCUGGUUUGUUGUGUUUUUUUAUCAACUAAUAUGGCAGAUCUACUCUGUGGCGACCAUUUUCAGGAGAGGUGAUGAGGCAAACAUUUUGUCAGGCAAAGUUUUCUUAUGUUUUAUCUGUUACAUUAUAAGUAUGACUGUAUGGCUAUUUCUCUGGUCACACAGAAAUUUAGUUGGUGCCAUGGUAACCGUAGCAAUUAGUGCACUAUUUUUAGACGUUGCUCUUAGUUACUCCUUUUCUGAUCUGCGCGACUACCUAGAUGUUCAUCCCGUAGUGCAUAAAAACAAGCUCGAUGUUUGGAGUCAACGACUAUUAGUUCAAAAUGGCAUAAUGCUAAAUGCAUCCUGGGUAGCUCUAGCUGCCAUCUUUGCAUUUGCCGCCUUUUUAUCGCACAGCCUUGACGUCGCAACGUCGACAGCGUCGUUAGUUGCUUUGAUUUUCCUGGGAUGUUUUGAAAUCAUCUGGUUUUGUGUGGAAAAUUGUAUCUUAGCAAAAUAUGUCGAGUAUACGUUCACAAAUUACAUUUCACUCCUGGUGGGCUUGGCGGGAGUUCUCAAAACAUUGAACAAAGGAUCGAACGAUGAAGCAAGCCUUAAGGAUUUAACACUCGCACUAAUUGGCAUUACCUGCUUUUUUUUCGUAAUUCGAUUGGGCCUAAUGUUUCUUCGUUGGCUUCGAACGAAAGAAGAGAAGAACAAUGAAGAAAAAGGAAUCUUGAUGGCAGAGAAAAGACGCGUGUAAAAAAGACACGAGUAUAAAGAAUUGUGUUGGUAAAAUGUCUUUCGCUUUAUUUUGACGGCUUUAAAUUCCCCAGAUUCCUUACUUUGGACGUUGAUAAACAUCGAGUCAAAGCUUUGAAACACAAGAAGUAAUUAAGAAUUUCUUUUCUCCAAAAAAAAACUUAAAUCGGUCAUUAAUAUUGUUAGAACUUUUUUGUUAUUUUUAUAUAAAGCAAUUUGAUAAAUUAUUA